GCAUUACAAUAAAACGCAGGCAAGAAGAGAAAAGUUUACAGCGUGCUCCGUUUUUCCGACUUUAAAUGAUAAGAUGGAGAAUAUCAAAAACAAAGAUUUGCAAACGAACAAAACUGAUGAAUACGAUGGUCAUAAAAAGGUGUGUCAAAUGUGUAUUAAAAACCGUCGUUCGUUAAAGUGUGCAGGUCCUUAUGUAAUUGGGCCUUUACUAGAUACGCAAAAUCCUAAAUGUAUAAAAAAUUGUCUUGGUAGAAAAAUGGGAACGAGUGAAUUUUAUAUUCUAAAAUUAUUAAGCCUUUUAAAUAAUAGUCAUAAAGAAGACAUUAAUCAAGGAAAAAUAUAUAUUCUUACAGAAUUUACAAUUCUUACAAAACUCCAACAGGAAACAGGUAUCCCACGUGUUCACAAUUUUUUUGAAGAAAUAGUAAAUGAUGACUCUAAUUGUAAUAUUAAAAAUGAGAAUACAUCUCAUUUGCAAUCUGUUCGAAGGGUGUGCUUGGUUUUAAAUUGCUUUGUAUCGCAUAUAUAUUCGGAGAGAAACGAAUAUAUAAAUUUACAAAAUUACGUCAUUAAGUGCAACAGGCUGUCAGAAAAAGAAGCUUUGUUGAUUUUCUUAGAUAUUGCUCAAACUGUGCAAAGUUUUCACUCGAAAAAUGUAAUUCAUAGAGAUUUAAAGCUUUCAAAUAUUGUUUUAAACAGAAGUACUCGAAGAGUGACUAUUAUAAAUUUUGGAUCUGGGAAAAUUCUUGGUAAUGAUGGCGAACUCAUAAAAGAUAAAAGUGGCAGCCCUGCUUUUGUAAGUCCAGAAAUUUUAAAAGGCCGACCAUAUUCUGGAAAAGCUGCUGAUGUUUGGGCUUUAGGUGUAAUUUUUUUUACGAUGCUAUAUGGUCGGUUUCCAUUCUUUGAUGCUGAUCCAAAGUUACUAUUUCGAAAAAUUAAAAUUGGUGAAUAUGCUAUUCCAGAUGAUGAUCGCGUUGCUGAUGAAACCGUGCUCAUCAUCCACAGCAUUUUUGUAUUGGAUCCUAUCAAACGCGUAAAAAUAUCUCAGCUUAUUCAACAAAUUAGGUCCACUUAUAACAACUGGUAUUGCUUUCAAAUUACAAACGACGACCUGCAAGUUGUUCCUGAUGUAAAAGAACAAGAAGAAAAUAAUGAUAGUUUUACUUACAGAAAAAAAGGUUUUAGUAAUCUACGUGAGGGACGUCAGUUACCUGUCAAAAUAGGACCGAAAAAAGCUGUUCGCUGGCGAUCUGGAGCCCCGAUUUCAGACGGAGCAUCAUUAAGCGAUCUGAGUAUGGAAAGGUCAAGGAAUGUUUAAAAAAGAUUAUUUCAGAACAAUUAACUUAAAGUGUUAUUCAGCAAAAAUAUUUUAUUUUGAUUAAAUCUUUAAACAAA